CAGUUGGGAAAAUGUUAUUUGCUUAUUAUUUCAAGAUGAAGACGUAAUACCCGUUAAUUAGACGAAAAGACAACAAUGUCCUUCGGGUAACGCCCUUUAAACUGAUGCGAAAUUCCCGGUUCAAUUUACAGUUGGGAAUGGCAAAACUGAAACCAAAAAGAGUACAAACACACCAAGCGCACGCACGGUCCAAUUGGUUUCUGAUUCAGAUCUGAAACUCACUCAGUUGGAUCCACCGACAACUGUAUAAUAUUUUUUUACCGGUCAACAAUCUCAUUUUCUCUUUUGGUCUUCAGAAAUGGAGCGGUUCAUUGACAAUUUGCGGCCUAUGGAUUUGAUGCGGUCGGAGAAGAUGACCUUUGUACAGCUCAUCAUUCCAGUUGAGUCUGCUCAUCGAGCCGUCUCGUAUAUCGGCGAACUCGGUCUCUUGCAGUUUCGUGACUUAAAUGCUGAUAAAAGCCCUUUCCAGCGAAUAUUUGUUAAUCAGGUAAAGCGAUGUGGAGAGAUGUCAAGAAAGCUGCGAUUUUUAAAGGAACAAAUCAAUAAAGCUGGUCUUCUAUCUUCUGUCCAUCCUGUUUCAGGACCUGAUAUUGAGUUGGAGGAAUUAGAGAUGCAACUAGCUGAGCACGAACAUGAGCUAAUUGAAAUGAACUCUAAUAGUGAGAAACUUCGACAAACGUAUAAUGAGCUCCUUGAGUUCAAAAUGGUCUUGCAAAAGGCUGGUGGCUUUCUUGUAUCAAGCAAUGGUCAUGCCGUUACCGAGGAACUGGAAUUAACUGAGAGUGUGUACUCAAGCAGUGGUUAUACUGAGACAGCUUCAUUACUUGAACAGGAGAUAAAUCCUGGGCCAUCAAACCAGUCUGGUCUAAGAUUUAUCAGUGGGAUUAUUUGCAAGUCAAAAAUUCAAAGAUUUGAGAGAAUGUUGUUUCGUGCUACAAGGGGCAAUAUGCUUUUCAAUCAGGCACCAGCUGAUGAAGAGUGUGUGGAUCAUCUAACCACUGAAACGGUUGAGAAGACCAUAUUCGUAGUAUUUUUCUCCGGGGAGCGAGCAAGAAUGAAGAUUUUAAAAAUUUGUGAAGCUUUUGGGGCAAAUUGUUAUCCUGUACCUGAAGACAUAACUAAACAGAGGCAAAUAAUUAGAGAAGUUUUAUCUCGUCUUUCUGAGCUUGAAGCCACGCUGGCAGCAGGCAUACUCCACCGAAAUAAAGCCCUCACUUCCAUUGGAUUCCAUCUUACAAAAUGGAUGAAUAUGGUAAGAAGGGAAAAGGCUGUAUAUGAUACACUGAAUAUGCUGAAUUUUGACGUUACAAAACAAUGUCUUGUGGGAGAAGGCUGGUGCCCUAUAUUUGCGAAAGAUCAGAUUCAGGAGGUGCUCCGACGUGCAACUUUUGAUAGCAGUUCUCAAGUUGGCAUAAUAUUUCAUGCUAUGGAUGUUUUGGAAUCACCUCCAACACAUUUUAGAACAAACCAUUUCACAAAUGCAUUUCAAGAAAUUGUUGAUGCUUAUGGUGUUGCUAGAUAUCAAGAAGCAAAUCCUGCAAUAUACACUGUCAUUACAUUUCCUUUUCUUUUUGCGGUGAUGUUUGGGGAUUGGGGUCAUGGAAUAUGCUUAUUGUUGGGAGCAUUAGUUCUUAUAGCUCGGGAAAGGAGGCUUAAGACUCAGAAACUUGGAAGCUUUAUGGAAAUGCUAUUUGGUGGGCGCUAUGUACUCCUUUUGAUGUCUCUUUUCUCGAUUUACUGUGGGCUGAUUUACAACGAAUUCUUCUCUGUUCCUUUUUACAUAUUUGGUGGAUCUGCUUACAAAUGCCGAGAUAAAACUUGCAGUGAUGCACACUUAGCUGGCUUAGUUAAAUAUCGAGAUCCAUAUCCAUUUGGCGUUGAUCCAAAAUGGCGUGGAAGUCGAUCAGAGCUUCCUUUCCUAAAUUCUCUUAAAAUGAAGAUGUCUAUUUUGUUGGGUGUGGCCCAGAUGAACCUAGGUAUUAUAUUGAGUUACUUCAAUGCACGCUUUUUUGGAAGUUCACUGGAUAUAAGGUAUCAAUUUGUGCCACAGAUGAUCUUUCUUAACAGUCUCUUUGGGUAUCUUUCACUUCUUAUUGUUAUCAAGUGGUGCACUGGUUCUCAGGCAGACCUUUAUCAUGUAAUGAUAUACAUGUUUUUGAGUCCCACAGACAACCUUGGUGAGAAUCAAUUGUUUUGGGGCCAGAGACCACUUCAGAUAGUAUUGUUGCUUUUGGCUUUAAUUGCAGUUCCAUGGAUGCUCUUUCCAAAACCUUUUAUUUUAAGAAAGCAACAUUUGGAGAGAUUUCAAGGCCGCACCUAUGGGAUACUUGGCACCUCUGAGAUGGAUCUUGAGGUUGAACCUGGUUCUGCACGACAUCAUGAGGAAUUCAAUUUUAGUGAAAUAUUUGUGCACCAAAUGAUACAUUCCAUUGAGUUUGUUCUUGGUGCAGUCUCAAACACAGCAUCAUACCUUCGACUGUGGGCUUUAAGCUUGGCACACUCUGAACUAUCUACUGUCUUCUAUGAGAAAGUCCUCCUCCUUGCCUGGGGGUAUGACAACCUUGUUGUCCGGUUAAUAGGUCUGGCAGUUUUUGCCUUUGCCACUGCUUUCAUAUUGCUCAUGAUGGAGACUCUCAGUGCUUUUUUACAUGCGCUGCGUCUUCACUGGGUGGAAUUUCAGAACAAGUUCUACCAUGGGGAUGGCUAUAAGUUCAGACCCUUCUCUUUUGCUUCAAUAAAAGACGAUGAGGAUUAGGUUUAUCGUAUGUAACCUUCAGUUUUUGGGAGAAAGAAAGAGUGUGAACAGAGGUAGGAGUAUUUUCAAUUAUAGAAAGCCACUUACAGAGGACGGCCAUGGAAUCCUAUUCAGGCUGGCAAGAGGAUUUAUACUUAUUUUGCUCAGACAUUAUGCUGCUCGACUUUGAUGUAGAAACAGGAAAUCAUAGCUCAUAUUCUCAGGUAUACGAAGUUUUCUGUUUAGUCAUUUUUAGGUUCCAUCAAAAGAAGUUUGUAUUUUACCUUUUUUUUUUUUUUUUUUCAAAUUAUUCUUUUGCACAAAGGAGAAAAGAAGUAAAGAGGGCGAGGGAGGGUUGGGAGCUUACUGUAAAGAGGAGCUGGGAAUCCUUUAUACAUCGUAUUGUAUUUGUUGGGCCCGGGAAGUAGGAGGAGUAGAUUAGAAAUUUUUACAGAAUCACACUAGUUAGUGUGGCCAUUGCGGGGAAUUGGGCCUUUUUGGUUUUUCAAUUUUUUGUUACUCCAAUGUAAUAAUUAAUUACCCAGUUAUCCUAUAGAGAAUUUUAAGUUGAA